GCGGGGGGACGCGGGCGCUGCGCUGGGGUCCGGCCGACGGGACCCGAGCCGAGCCGAGCCGAGCCGAGCCGAGCCAUGGCGGACCCCGCGGCGGGCCGGGCGCUGCGGCGCUUCACCUGGGAGGAGAUCGGGCAGCGCAGCGGGCAGGGGCCGGAGCAGCAGGAGCGCUGGCUGGUGAUCGAGAGGAAGGUGUACGACAUCAGCCGCUUCUACCGGAGGCACCCGGGGGGCGCCCGGGUCAUCAGCCACUACGCCGGGCAGGACGCCACGGAUCCUUUCAUAGCAUUUCAUCUGGACAAGACGCUAGUAAGAAAGCACAUGAGCCCACUCCUGAUUGGAGAAUUGGCACCAGAUCAACCCAGCGUUGAGCCCAGCAAAAAUAAAAAGCUGGUAGAAGAUUUCCGUGAACUCCGUGCAAACGUCGAGAAGAUGGGGCUUCUUAACCCCAACCGCACCUUUUUCAUCUUGCAUCUCUGUCACAUCUUGGUGUUGGAUGUUGCAGCUUGGCUCACCAUCUGGUAUUUUGGAGCAUCCACAGUGCCUUUCCUCUUCUCUGCAGUGCUUCUAGGCACUGUCCAGGCCCAGGCUGGCUGGCUGCAGCAUGAUUUUGGACACCUUUCAGUCUUUAGCAAGCCCAAAUGGAACCACUGGGUGCACAAGUUUGUGAUCGGCCAUCUGAAGGGAGCACCAGCCAGCUGGUGGAAUCACCUCCACUUCCAACACCACGCUAAACCCAACUGCUUCCGAAAGGACCCUGACGUUAGCAUGCACCCUUUAUUUUUUGCUUUGGGAAAAACACUCUCUGUAGAGCUUGGUGUACAAAAGAAGAAAUUCAUGCCUUACAACCACCAGCACAAGUACUUCUUCAUCAUCGGGCCCCCAGCGCUGGUGCCUCUUUACUUCCAGUGGUACAUAUUCUACUUCGUGAUACAGCGGAAACAGUGGGUGGACCUGGCCUGGAUGCUGAGCUUCUACAUCCGAUUCUUUCUCACCUACUUGCCCUUGCUGGGGGUGAAGGGUAUCCUGGGGCUUCAUCUGUUAGUCAGGUUUAUAGAGAGUAUCUGGUUUGUCUGGAUUACGCAAAUGAAUCACAUCCCGAUGCACAUAGAUUAUGAUAAGAAUCUGGACUGGUUCUCUACUCAGCUCCAGGCGACCUGUAAUGUUCAUCAGUCCUUAUUCAACGACUGGUUUAGUGGACAUCUGAACUUCCAAAUCGAGCACCACCUUUUUCCUACAAUGCCGCGCCACAACUACUGGAAGGUGGCCCCUUUGGUGAAGUCCCUGUGUGCCAAACACGGCAUUGAGUACCAGUGCAAGCCGUUGCUCACCGCCUUUGCGGACAUAGUGCACUCUUUGAAGGAUUCAGGGGAGCUCUGGCUCGAUGCCUAUCUGCAUAAAUAAGAAGCGGUGGAUCCUUGCAGAGGAGCUCCCCAGCCCUUGUUGCCUCCUGUGGUGGUCACCAUGAAGCACAGAGGAGGGAGAGCUGGUUGAGCCAGAGGUGGGGAGGCGAUGCCACUGAAUUCCAUUGAUGAAUGUGAUUAUAUGAUUUUUUUAAAAAGAUGUGUUCUUAAUUCUUCUUGUGCUUCUUUCAUUCCUCUUCUCUGGUGCUGAGUUACAGGGAAAAGCUGAAUGGAGGUGGUUAUGUUCCACAAAGCUGGAAGCAGCUUUGGGACCGGGAACAGAUUUCUUUCUGUCUGCUGGUAGUUGCUUUGCUGAAUGUAUAGGAGGGAAGUUUCUGAUCUAACAUAGGCUUUUGUGAGGUGGCUCUCAUUCUGAACGUGGUAAGAAAAAUGAGACAGUAUGAAAUCAAAAAACACGGGAGUUAGUGAAGUGUGGAAGCCAUAAGGAAUUGUGUAGUACAGUAUUUUCAGAUACCUGUAGGUAAUUACAGUGGCAAUAGACAUGCCCAAAGCAAGGGGCAGUGGGAAGUACAUGAGAGCCAAAACCAAUUUGUACAUGUGUGGGUGAGGUGGAGAGGGUGCAGGUAGCAGUUCUGGAGGAAUGAGCAUGAGGAAAAAGAUCUAAUUAGAGCCCUAAUUCAGGUAGAGAAACAGGAAGGUGGAGGUUAUUCCGCAGGCGUGUGGAUGUGAGAGCUCUGCGUGCCAUGUCUGUGGGAACGCUGAGAGCCUCUGGGUUAUUUGCCCAUCGGGAACCUCCCAUGGAGUCUCUGCCAGCAGUCUCCAUGGUGCCAGUCUUCCCAGUGUUACUGAACCCAUAACUGGAAGUCAGAAGAGACAGAAAUACGGCAUGUCCAUACCCAGGAUCCCUACAAGGGUGCCCAGGGAAGCAGGAGGGUAGUCACUCAGUGGUCACCUGGAGCUUCACUCUUUUUUUUGAACCUCUGAGUGGUUUGUUAAAUGGAGAGAACUCAUGACUUCUGGCCCACGGAGCACGAGGUGUUCCUGUCUUAAGUGCAGGCAAAUUUAAUGAAGUAGAGGUGUUACGAGCUGGGGGCUGUUUCAAUGCCUUUGCCUUUUCGGUUGGCAGAUGUCAGUGGGCUGCACAGCCGUCGGCACAUGUCAGCCAAUAUAUUGCUGAUGUUUAUUGCAUGAUAUGCCUUCAAAAUGCACCCCACGAGGGCACGUGCUGUGCCAUUUGUUGGAACGUGAAUGAGCCUCACUGCCUUUCCUGGUGUCUUUUCAUUUACUACGCCAACAUUGCAGAUGCCAAGCUAGGAUAUAGCACCUGGCAUCGCACUAAUGGAGACAGCUCCAUCACCCUGGUACCUCAGUGACAGGGGGCUUAGUCUCCAGAAGGGGGGGGUUGAUUUUGAGGGAAAUACGGUGCUUUUUCUGGUCAACAUCCCAAAAGAGGAUGGCUGGUGAGGGAAUGGAAGAAAUGCAUCUUCCCAUGCUAAGAGUGUUGUUAAGCACAGAAUAAUAUUGUAAUGGAAAAAAUAAAAUAAUCGUUAAAUCAUUGAUACCUGUUGAUAAACGUCAUAAAAAGUGGGCCUUAGUUACUGUUUUACCUUGUUUUUCCUGCUCCUUUUCUCUCCCUCUUGUUAUUAGAACUGUUGGUGGAGGAAUGUCCAAUAAUAAAAUGCCUUAUCUUAUCAAUUA